AUGACCUCCAAAACACCAAAAAUCCUCAUCGUCGGCGCAACAGGCCAGACGGGAAGCGCAACAAUCGCAGCCCUGGCCUCAACCCCCAACCCGCCCCAACUCCUCGCUCUCACCCGGUCCCCAUCCUCUCCCAAAUCUCAAGCCCUCCUCAAACUAUUCACAGACCACUCAUCACCACCACCAAUAACCCUCAUCCAAGGCACACCCGAAAACCCAUCCCCAAUCUUCGCCUCCCACCCAGACAUCUCCGCCCUCUACCUCGUAACCGUCCCGCCCGGAGACGAAGCGCAGGCCAUACCCCUCAUCGACGCAGCCAUCGCCCACAACGUCCCACACAUUGUCUUCUCGAGCGUCGACCGCGGAGGCGACGAGCGCUCGUGGACGAACCCGACGCCCGUGCCGCACUUUGCGGCAAAGCACCGCGUCGAGGUGUACCUCCGCGACAAGACGCGCGGCACGGCCACGAAAUGGACGAUUCUGAGGCCGGCGGGGUUCAUGGAUAAUUACCGAGCCGAGGCGGGGGCUAUGGGGUCCGUCAUGGGCGGGUUAUGGGCGACGAUGCCGGCGGGUGGGAGGAAGAUACAGCUUGUCAGCGCGAGGGAUAUCGGGCUCUUUGCGGCUCGGGCUCUGACGGAAGGUCCCGAGGGAGGAUGGGGUGGUAGGGCGCUGGGGCUCGCUGGGGAUGAGAUUGGUUUCGAGGAAGCGGAGGAGGUGUUUGAGAGGGUUGUUGGGCAGAGGAUGCCGAGGACGUGGGGGGUUGUCGGGCGGUCUGUGAGGUGGGCUUUUGAGGAUGCCGGGAGGAGUAUGGAGUGGUUUGAGGGGGAAGGGUAUAAGGCUGAUGUUGAGAUGUUGAGGGGGAUGGAGCCGAGGUUGCAGAGCUGGGAGACGUGGUUGAGGGAGAGUAGUGGGUGGGUGAAGGGUGACGAGGAGGAGGAGUAGAAUAAAGGGGUUCAAGAGAGGUUCCAUGGAGGUCAGCAAUGGUGGUUGAUACCACUUUUCAAGAGCUUUGAAGAGCGCCGAAGACCAUAGAUUUCAAGCCUCGUCUUAACUUAGUAUCAAAAGACAAAUAUGAGGGAGGGUUCGGAGCCGCCUCUUUUUGUCAUGGAAGAUUCUGGUAUGAAAAGUGUAGACAAGCCCAUUCCACUGCGCAGAACGCUUGAGAACAUGAGCAGGACAAGCCGCGAGGCUCUGUAGCCGAUAAGCCAUCGCCACUAUCUCAAUAACAAGCACCUAGGCCGUGUGGUCGAGGGGUUAAUCGGGCUGUAGAGGCCCCGACUAUGC